AUGACCGUCUCCAACGGAAGCAGUGGCGCUCGCCGCCCCCUCCCCGUCGGCAUCUACGCCCCCACCAUGACCUUCUUCGACCCCGAGACGGAAGAUCUCGACAUCCCUACCAUCAAGAAGCACGCCGAGCGUCUGGCCAAGGCUGGUCUUGCAGGCCUGGUUGUCAUGGGCUCCAACGGAGAGGCUGCCCACUGCACACGCGAGGAGAAGCUGGCCGUGACCAAGGCCACCCGUGAGGCUCUCGACGCCGCCGGCUUCCAGAGCACCCCCAUUAUCCUCGGUGCCACCGAGGGCAGUGUCCGCGGCACCAUUGAGCUCUCCAAGGCCGCCCUUGAGGUCGGCGCCGACUACUCUCUCAUCCUUCCCCCCUCCUACUUCCGCGCCCAGAUGGACGAGCAGGCCAUCCACGACUACUUCAUCGCCGUCGCCGACCAGAGCCCUAUCCCCCUCAUCCUCUACAACUACCCCGGCGCCGUCUCCGGCAUCGACAUGGACAGCGACCUGCUCAUCAAGCUCGCCGCGCACCCCAACAUCAUCGGCACAAAGUUCACCUGCGGCAACACGGGCAAGCUUACCCGCGUGGCCCUCGCCACCGACGCAAAGACCCCUUGGUCAGAAGGCUCCGGCUACAUGGCCUUUGGCGGCAUGUGCGACUUCACGGCCCAAACCCUCGCCAGCGGCGGCAGCGGCAUCAUCGCUGGCGGCGCCAACGUCAUGCCCAAGGUCUGCGUCAAGGUGUGGAACCUCUACUCGGAAGGCAAGAGGGACGAGGCCAUUGAGCUCCAGAAGAAGCUCAGCCGCGGCGACUGGUUCCUGACAAAGGCCGCCAUCGCCGGCACCAAGGGCGCCAUUCAGAGCUACUACGGCUACGGAGGCUUCCCCAGACGGCCUCUGAGACGUCUGGAGAAGGCCCGUACCUCUUCUAUCGAGGAGGGCAUCAAGGAGGUCAUGGACAUUGAGAACUCUCUCUAA